AUGGCUGGAACUACGCCUUCAUGGACUGUCAACGAACACGUCAUUCCGGCAUCGCAUCCCAGGGGAUAUCUACGAGGUGUGCGGGAUCCACAGACAUCGAGGCUUCGGCUGCACGUUAAGCAAUACGUGCCUUAUAGUGCAAGUUCUCUUGGAGACGGUCAACAUGCUAUGACAUUGAUUGUACAGCAUGGGCAACCGCCGGGAGACAACAAAGAGGCAUAUGAACCAUUCAUGCAGGACUUACUUUCCCAGCCCAACCUGCCACCGAUUCGAGCGAUCUGGGCGUUAGAUAUCGCAUCUGCAGGACAAUCAUUCCUCCUGAACCGAGAAGAAAUCGGAGAUGAACCACAUUGGUUCGAUGCUUCGCGAGAUAUCCUGCAGAUGGUCAAUUAUUUCCAGACCGAGAUGAAGCCACCGUUGGUAGGAUUUGGGCAGAGUUGGGGAGGAGCGGUGCUCGCAAUGGCUGCUUCGUGGAGUCCUCGGCUUUUCCAGGCGUUGGUAUUGAGUGAGCCAAUUCUGGAGAACGGCUAUUACCAUUUCCAGGCAGCCCAGGGUAAUUUGGAUUCCUUGAAGGGAAUAAAGGGCGCUGUGGCAGCAGUGGGAAUCGCUAAGCGAAAGCGAUAUUUCAGCAGCCGCAAGGCAUUGGCUGACUCGAUGCAGAAGCUUCCAAUGUGGACGGCAUAUGAUCCUCGGGUAUUGCAGCAGAUUCUCGAGUUCGACUAUCGGGAUCUGGAUGAUGGACGGGUUGAAUUAGUGACUCCCCCGUAUCAGGCAUUCCAGUUCUUCCAGCGACCGUCGCCGCCAUUGCCAGGAUACCCAGAGGCAGAAGAAUACAGUGACAGGGGAGAAGACGCAAACUACCCGGCCGGAUGGUAUCAAGAAAUGUCGUGGCAUGCCAAGCAAUCGCUCUCACGGCUGCAUUGCCCACUGCUUAUCCUAUGGGAGAACACGGAACGACCUUUUGUUAGUGAUGAAGGGUAUAGAAACCGAGUCAUGGAAGCAGCAUUGGCGAGAAAGAGUAGGAAGAACAAGAUUCAGCAGGAAUUUGUUGAAGGGGAGCAUUCGUUGGCUCUAUUCGUGCCUUUGCGGGUUGCUCAAGCGACAGCCAGGUGGCUAGAUGGUGUCUGGAGGGAGUGGAUAGUGGAGGAAGUCCAGAGGCAAAAGCAUGCACGGAUUGAUCCAGAGAAUAUUCCGGAUGGGCAACAGCGGCUUAUUAGGUCGACUCUGACGAAAUUGUAG